UAAUCCAACACCCCCCAUUCCAGCCGUCCGAUCUUAUCCCUUAUCUCGACUAUUAAGGAGGUUGUUCUGUUCCCACCCUUCUCUCUCUCUCUCUCUCUCUCUCUCUCUCUCUACCAUCAUCACAGUGAUCUCAAAGUAUAAAGAGAAAGUAGUAGCUGCUUCUCCUGCCAUUUCACACUUCGAUCGAGAGAGAGAGAGAGAGAGAGAGGGGUUUCGUUUUUGAUUCAUAGGAUUGUUUAUUUAUCUGGGUCUGUAUUCCUCCGUCAAUCUCGGUUGUUAUUUACUCCAUCUUUCUUUGUUGUUCAAACCCACCAAAUUCUUCCACCAUUUAAUAUUGUUCUCUUAAUUUCUUCGACAUAUUCAAAUGCAUUCGACCGUUUGAUAAUCGAAAUAGUUUGCAGUCUCUGGAGAGAGAGAGAGAGAGAGAGAGAGAGAGAGAGAGAGAAAGCAGAAGGAGUGGAGAGUGCCAAAUUGUAUUAAUCUAGUGGGCUGUUAAAGCUUGCUUGCUUGCGUGCAGUGAAUGAGCCAAGCAAUUUCAGUUUCUGCUGCUGUGGGAAUCAAUCUAAUCCAUACGGACCGUACCCAUAUCAAGAUCAUGGUAGAAGAAGGUAGAGACAAUGUUUCCGUCGAUCCCCAAUCGGCUGAAGAGUGGUUGUUACACGCCCAAGGACUGGUUCCAGUGGCACUUCAAAAGGCAAGAGAGGUUAAGGGGUUCCAAGUUAGGUGGAAGAUGAUAAUUUCAAAGAUGGAGCAAAUCCCACCUAGCUUAUCGGAUUUAUCCACCCACCCGUUCUUCGCAAAGAACACGCUUUGUAUAGAGCAGUUGCAAUCUGUUUCGAACACAUUGAAUGAAGCAAUUCGGUUUUCGGAACUCUGUUUGAAGGAGAAGUAUGAGGGGAAGCUUCAGAUGCAGAGCGAUCUUGAUUCGUUAUCGGGGAAAUUAGAUUUGAAUUUGAAAGACUUCGGGAGUUUGAUCAAAACCGGGGUUUUAUCAGGUUCAUUCGCAGAACCAGAGGCUAAAUUUGAUACUCAUGUUAGGGAAUUACUUGCUCGGCUUCAAAUCGGUCACUUAGAAUCCAAACAUAAAGCUCUUGACAGCCUUGUCGAGGCCAUGAGAGAAGAUGUAAAGACGGUUUUGGGCUUGAUCGGACGAAGCAAUAUCGCUGCUUUAGUCCAAUUGCUCACUGCAAGUUCUUGUACGGUCCGAGAGAAGGCUGUUUCGGUAAUUUGCUCGAUUGCAGAAUCCGGGAGUUGUGAAAACUGGCUUGUUUUAGAAGGUGUUCUUCCCCCUCUUAUUAGGCUUGUUGAGUCAGGAAGUGCAGUAGGGAGAGAGAAAGCUACAAUCUCUCUCCAAAGAUUGUCUAUGUCCUCGGAAAUCGCCCGGUCAAUUGUCGGACAUGGUGGUGUCCGGCCGUUGAUCGAGGUUUGUCGGUCUGGGGUAUCGGUUGCCCAAGCUGCUGCUGUUGGUACUUUGAAAAACAUAUCUGUUGUGCCAGAAGUUAAGCAAAGUCUAGCCGAGGAAGGGAUUAUUAAGGUAAUGAUCAGUCUCCUUGAUUGUGGAACACUAUUAGGAGCCAAGGAAUAUGCAGCUGAAUGCUUACAAAAUCUCACUUUGAGUAACGAAAAUCUCCGAAGGGACGUUAUUUCGGAUGGUGGGAUUAAGAGCUUAUUAGGGUAUCUGGACGGUCCAUUGCCUCAGGAAUCGGCGGUUGGGGCAUUGAGGAAUUUGAUUUCCUUGGUCUCGGUCGAUGUUUUGGUUUCCCUCGGCCUUAUUCCCCGUCUGGUUCACGUGUUGAAAUCCGGAUCGCUCAGUGCGCAGAUUGCCGCUGCAUCAGCAAUAUGCCAGCUGUGCAGCUCAGGAGAUAUGAAGAAACUGGUGGGGGGAAAUGGGUGCAUCCCACUGCUUGUGAAAAUGCUCGAGGCCAAAACAGACGGAGCUAGAGAAGUCGCUGCACAAGCGAUUUCAAGUUUGGUGAGUGUUUCGCAGAACAAGAGGGAAGUGAAGAGGGACGAAAAGAGCGUGCCGAGUUUGGUGCUAUUGCUCGAUCCGAGCCCUCAAAAUGCGGCUAAAAAGUAUGCCGUGUCGUGCCUUGUGUCGCUCUCCUCCAGCAAAAAGUGCAAGAAACUGAUGGUUUCAUACGGGGCAAUUGGGUAUUUGAAGAAGCUAAGUGAGAUGGAUGUUCCGGGUGCCAAGAAGCUGCUUGAACGGUUGGAAAGAGGGAAAUUGAGAAGUUUGCUUGGCCGGAAGUAGGAAAGAAAAAGAGGUUUCUUGAUCAAUGAAGUACUUAUUUGUUCAUUCCAAUGUAUAAAUUUUGUGCCAUAUUAUCUGUAUGAGACAGAGUAGUUCAAGAGAUGAAUUAGUAAUUACAACUUACAAGCAGUAGUUAA